AGCAAGAAAUCGAAAAGGAGCACAUUGAUGGCGAGAGACGAGAGAUGAUAGAUGAAAGACGAACCAUGGGUGAGGAGCGGGAGAGGGUGGAGGAAGAAAGGAAGGCCUGGGUUGCUGAAAUAAACAAACUGCAGGCCGAGUUGGCACUUGUUUCGAAGGACCGAAGCAGAGUGGCAGGUGAAGUACAAUGUGUUGAAGAGCCAGGCCGGGGAUGCAGCAACACUGCACACCAAGUACAUGAGGCUGGAGGACCAGUAUGCUGCCCUCUCCGCUGUUGUGGCAGCUUCAGAGACGUCGAAAACUGCCGCAGAGGAGAGCUCGAAAAAGACUGCUGAAGAGAAAGCCAUGAUGGCCACGGAGCAGGCAAGAUUAGAGGCAGAGAUCAAGAAGUAUGAAGCGGCCUUCAAAAAGAAGAAUGGACAUCUACCUACAGAGAAAGACAAGUCAGACUCAGCCAAGGAGAUGUACACCCAGAUGGAGGAGGUCAACACAUUGGUGACCUCACUUGACAGGAAGAUAGAGACCCUGGACCAUGUCAAGGCUGGAAACGUUCCUCCACCGCCUGAAGUAGCGCCAUUACCUGUUGUCAUCAAAGACCCGGAGGUGAAGACAGUAGAGGUGAUGGUACCAGACCCAUCAAUUGUUGCUGCUCUGGAGAAGGCCCAACAAGAGUUAUCUGCCCUCCAGACCCAACUUUCAGAUCUACAUCAAGAGAAGACAUCACUUCACACACAGAUCAGCUCUUUGAACACAGACCUGUCUGAAAGUAAGGGCAAGAUCAUGGAGCUGGAGCGCCUCCUGGCCGAGGGUGACACUUGUGAUGGAGUUGCUGUAGCUGCAGCUGCUAAUGUUGCUGCAAGUGCUGAGUCAGAAGAGAAGGUAUCAGAACUUACAAGUCAGCUUGCAGAGAGAGAUGAUGAGUUGGAACGUCUUCGCCGUGAGAACCGUGAAAUGCAGAAAGACAUGAAGAAGAUGAUUAAGCGAUAUGAGAAGCUCCAGGCCAAGCUGAAGAAGAUGGAGGUGAACGAGGGAGCCAGUGCUCUCCUGCAGGUGGUUGUAGCGAUGGCCCAUGAGGUCCAUGGCCAGGUUCCAACUGCUGCCCAAGAGGUGGACUCACGUCUCAAAUCUGAAGAAGAAGACAUGAAGAAACUGAAGGAGACGCAGAACGAGAAUCAGAAGGCUCUGGACACCUGGGCCCAGAAGUACAAGAAGAAACACAAGAAGGAACCGACACCUGAGGAUAGAGAUGCAGAGUGUGUGAAGCUGCAGGAGGCAGUGGAUGCCGUUGUGAAGGAGGUUGACGACAACGGGCGGAGACAGCAGGCUCUCACGAUGCUGCAGACUGGGGUCAUCAAGGUGAAGGAACUACAGCAGCAGCGACCAGUAUCAGCUGCCAGGGUCGCCAAGGAGAAAGAUGCAGAACAAGAGAUGUCAGCUCUUGAUGAAAAAGUGAUUGACCUUGAAUCUGAGAAUGAGGCUCUGAAGGAGGACAACUCUCGUGUGGAGGAGAUCAAAAAGGAACUGGAGAGUCAGGUGAAACUUCUCGAGGACCAGGUUGCACUACAAAGAUCUCUGCCUGAUGCUGGCCAGCCAUCAGAGGACCUGUCUGAUGAGAUGACUAGCCUGCAGAAGGAGAUUGAUGCCCUGAACGCAACUCUCCUCGAGGAGAAGACCGCUCAUGACAAGACUCGUGAGGAGUUGGAGGAAGCCAAGAAUCAGGUUGCUGGAAUGAACGAGGAGUUGGCUGGAGAGAGGGCAGACCUUGAUGCCAAGAUUGACAAGUACAAGAAGAUCCUGGAGGCCAAACUCAAAGGAAAGGAGGAGGAACUGGCCAAUGCGAAACAAAGAACUGAGGAACUGGAGGCAGAGAGAUUGGCCAAUGUGCCAGUGGACACUGCGAAGGAAAUAAAAAAUCUACAGAAUAAAAUUUCUCUGCUGGAGAAGGACAAGACUGGUUCGGGUGCAGUAGUGGCAGGUCUUGAGGCACAGCUGACAGAGGUACAGAACAAAAUGAAACUCUCCAAUAAGAACUUGGAGACACAGAGGGCUACCAACAGGGACCUUGAGAGCAAGGUGAAGGCCGCACGGACAGAGAAGGAACAGGCUGUCAGGGAACUAACCAAUCAGCUAGAGAAGAAGGAACUCCAAAGAUCAACACUGGAGACCAAGGUGAAGCAACUGCAGGCCCACGUUCCAACCAAACCAGCAGGAGCGGUCGCACCGGCAGCAGGAGGCAGGGCAGCUCCAGCUGACAAGGGUCUGAAGGAUCAGCUGCUAGUGAUGAAGCGAGAGAACACAUCUCUCAACACACGCAUCAAGCAGAUGGAAGUAGAUGCCAAGAAGCAGGGCAAGUCAGAUGGAGACUCUGCAACUGAUAAGAACUUGAUGAAGCGGCAUGAGAAGAUCCUCAAGGAGCUUGAGAAGAAGCUGGAAUGGGAGAAGAGUCGAACUGAGAAGCUGACAGAGAGUCUGAAAAACAAGGAGGAAGAGGCUAAGGAACUGGGCAAGACAUGCAACAAGCAGGAAACUGAGUUGAAGAAACUACGAGAUGAACUUGCCGCUCUUGGAAUUGCUGCUAAGGAAGGUGUGGAGGCAGCAACCAAGGUCAAAGACAUGGAGAAGGACUUCAAGAGACUAACAGAAGAAAAUAAAACACUGACUGAGAACUUCAACAGUGAAAGGGUCUUGAGGAAGAAGUACUACAACAUGGUGGAGGACAUGAAGGGCAAGAUCCGCGUCUACUGCCGUGCUCGACCCCUUAGUACCUCAGAGAAAGAUAGGGGUAACUUCUCCGUGCUGAGGUCGGGCGAUGAGUACUCUAUAGAGGUGUCCAGUCAGCGUGGCCUUAAGGAGUUCCAGUUUGACCAGGUGUUUAUGGAGUCCAGCACACAAGAGAAGAUCUUUGAAGACACCAAUAACCUGAUCCAGUCGGCCGUGGAUGGCUACAAUGUGUGUAUCUUUGCCUACGGUCAGACCGGCUCUGGCAAAACGUUCACCAUGAUCGGAGACAAGGAACAAAACCAUCCUGGCAUUGCUCCCAGAGCUUUCAACAGGAUAUUUGAGCUGGCAGAGGAAAACAGGUCGAAGAUGUCCAUGAGGGUGACCUGCUACAUGAUGGAGCUGUACAACGAGAAGCUGAUCGAUCUGUUUGGGAGGCCAGGGCAUCUGGAUGAUGACAAGCUGGACAUCAAGAAGGACAAGAAGGGCAUGGUGUUUGUCCAGGGGGCCGUGGUGAAGGAGGCCUCCAACACCAAGGAACUGUUUGCAUUGUUUGAGGAGGGGUCAAAGAACAGACACACAGCUUCCACAAAGAUGAAUGCUGAAAGUUCCCGCUCCCAUCUUGUUAUUGGUAUCGUGAUGGAAAGCACAAACAAGGUCACUGGACAGGUACUCAAGGGAAAGCUUAGCCUGGUGGACUUGGCUGGCAGUGAGAGAGUGGGCAAAACGGGAGCUGGGGCAGAACAGCUGAAGGAAGCCAUGUCCAUCAAUAAGUCGCUGUCAGCUCUUGGUGAUGUCAUCUCAGCACUCAGCAGUGAGCAGUCCUUCAUCCCCUACAGGAACAACAAGCUGACCAUGUUGAUGCAGGACUCUCUCGGAGGCAAUGCGAAGACGCUCAUGUUUGUCAACAUCUCCCCUGCUGACUACAACACAGAUGAGACUGUCAUCUCUCUCACAUACGCCUCUCGUGUGAAACUGAUCACCAACGACGCAUCUAAGAAUGCUGACAACAAGGAGAUUUUGAGACUGAAGGCGAUGAUCCAAAAGAUGAAGAAAGGCGAGUCAGUGGAUGAGGAAGAACAGUAGACUACUCCAAGAAUCAAGUUGAAUACUACAAACAUCUGUGAUAUUUCAAAUGGAGAACAAGGCCAUUGGCGUAGAUCAACAUAUCAACCGUCCAGCAUUAUUAAAAUAUUACACUUAUGUUUAAAUGCUUACAAUCAAAAUCCAGAUUUAUUUGCAUUCCAGUUAUUUUCAAACUGUGAUAUAGAGCGAAGUGUGAGUAUAGUAUUAUCAAUGUUCCAACAUCACAGUGGGGACACCAGACAUAGGCUUCACACAUCAUACCCAAGUGGGCCUGUGGGUGACAGGCAAAGACUUCACCCCCUACUUUGCCCCACUGUGACACACUGUGUAUGGCACAUGUUGUUGGAGUAGCUUUGAAAGAGUUUCUUCUCCUUCACUUUGCAUGGUUUCAAAUUUUUUGUGCCAAGUUAAAGAACCAAUAUAACCAGAACCUAGUGAACAAGAAUUUGUUUUGUUAAAAUAAUAUCUUAACGUCACAGAGGCACUAUUUUGGCCAGAGAGUGACAUGAUGUUAAUUUCAACCAGUGUUUGAAACUUAUGCAUGUAUGCCCAAAGGUUUCAAACCAGUUUUUCCUUCAAUCAUAUACACAAUGCUCGCACAAUCCUGCGUAGAUGACAUAUUUAUAUUUACCAAUGUUACACCCUUUAUUACAUGUAUUUAUGUUUAACAUUUGUAACCUGGGUUUGUCUGGGGGUUGUUGGUUAUGGUAUAUUUCUAUAUUCAUCUUAGUAUGUGCAAUUUGCUUUCUU